CAACCCCAGUACGCCAACCCUAAGUUCAAUUCACAAUUGAAUUCAGACGGUCGUGGUUCGGAGCAGAAUUGGUCGCGGGUUUUUGAUUUCGAUUGUUAUUGUUGUUCCGUGAAUUUUCGCGCUCCGAGAAGAAUUUACGCGACACCAGACACUAUGUGCCGGUCGUGCCAGGAAUAGGCGCCAGGAUACAAUAUACGCCAGGAUAGCCCUCCAAUUCAGAGUCGACGUGAGAACGGUCUCUUGUUUCGCCACUGAGGCUGUGCAACGGUUUAGCGAAGGAGUGCGAGGCGAAAUCGACCAAAACAAAGUUCGGCCCAGACGAAAACAGAAAUCAAUUCAAAAUGUUUGAGCUCGAGGACUUUUCCAGCAACAUAUACGAGGGAAUAUCCAGCAAAUAUGCGGACUGCGCUGGACCCUCGCUGGACUUCUACGUCUCCGACUCGAUGCAGGAAAUGCUGAACGUGGACAUCCGCGCCGAGAUCGCCAACGUGGUGGGCACUUCCAGCAGUGACCUCACCUCGUCCCUGGAUCACGCCCUGGAGGCCAUAUCGGCAAUCAACAACAACAGCAGCAGCGCCAGCGGCGUCUCCUACAACGCCAACGCAAACUUCCUGACCAGCAGCGCCCUCCACGCCUCCCCCACAGCCAAGUGGAUGGGCUCCUCGGCCAGCUUCUGGUCCAACACAGACUACUACGCCGACCUGGGCGCCUGCGUGAACCCCAUAUCGGUGAUGCCCCUGAUAACCUCCGCCUGCGGAUCGGGGCUGGGAUCGCCGAAGCGCAACAAAUCCUCCACAUCUUUCCAGGGACGGGCCGGGACGGGUGUGCCGUCUUCGCCGUCCGCCGAGCGGGAUCAGCCCAAGUCGCACCUGACCUUCUCGCCCGCCCAGAUGAAGGUCAGCGCCGGCUCCCUGCGACGCGAACAGGUGAUGGCCCACAUCCCCAAGCAGAUAUCCGUCAUCACGGGAACGGGCAGCACGGCCCCGGCCACCAUGGCCACCAAUUCGGUGCUGCAGCGCCGCAACUCGUCGGCCGUGGAUGCAGUUCGCAAGGAUCUGGCCGGCGAACUGCGCAAGGUCCAGUCUAGUCCAGUGCCCACCAGCGUGGACGCCAAGGCCCCCUCCUCACUGCUCACCUCGGCCAACGGAGGCACCAACACCAUCAAGCUGGCACCUGGAAUCGGGGGUCUCACCUUCGCCAACAGUGCGGCUUACCAGAAGCUCAAGCAGACCUCCUGCGCGAAGUCGCCCGGAGGUGGCAGCAGCUCGUCUGCGUCUUCGACGGCGAAUCUCAAAGAGGCGGCCAAACGCGGGGGACUGCAGCAGAUGAGCACCACGACACCAAAGAGCAUUGCUUCGGCGGCCAACUCGCCGCACCACCAAAUGCAGAGCUACAGCCUGGGAUCCCCGUCGUCCCUGUCCUCGACCUCCUCCUCGGCCGCUUCCCCGCUCGGAAACGUGAGCAACCUGGUCAACAUUGCGAAUAACAACUGCAACGGAUCGGGGGGAGGUGGCCUGGUGAAGCCGCUGCAGCAGAAGGUCAAGCUGCCGCCUGUGGGCAGCGCCUUUCCCAAGCCCGCUUACUCCUACUCCUGCCUGAUUGCUUUGGCCCUGAAGAACUCCCGGGCCGGGUCGCUGCCGGUCUCGGAGAUCUACAGCUUCCUGUGCCAGCACUUCCCCUACUUCGAGAACGCCCCCAGUGGCUGGAAGAACAGUGUGCGCCACAACUUGUCUCUGAACAAGUGCUUCGAGAAGAUCGAGAGGCCCGUCACUAACGGCAACCAAAGGAAGGGGUGUCGCUGGGCCAUGAAUCCCGAGCGCAUUUCGAAGAUGGACGAGGAGGUGCAGAAGUGGUCGCGCAAGGACCCGGCAGCCAUUCGGGUGGCCAUGGUCUAUCCCCAGCAUCUGGAGUCUUUGGAGAGGGGGGAGAUGAAGCACGGCUCGGCUGACUCGGACGUGGAAAUGGAUUCGCAGUCGGAGAUCGAGGAGUCGUCCGAUUUGGAGGAGCACGAGUUCGAGGACACCCUGGUGGACGCCAUGCUGGUGGAGGAGGACGAGGAAGAAGUCGAGGAGGAGGACGAUGAUGAGGAGCAGAUGCUGAACGAGUUCCAAUCCGUGGGCGAGUCCAAGGCGAAUCAGCUGCCCAUAGACCACGAGCUGCUCGUUCAGAGAGGCGGUGACUUCGAGAUUGAGGUGGACGAACUGUACGAUGCCAUCGACAUCGAGGACGACAAGGAGUCGGUCCGGCGCCUGAUCGCCAGCACUCAAGCCCCGAACAUCAUCGAGCUGAAUCCCGCUGACCUGAACGCCAACGACGGCUACCAGCUGCCGCCCUCCAAGAGGGCACGCGUGGACAUCAACUACGCCAUCGGUCCGGCUGGCGAGCUGGAGCAGCAGUACGGCCAGAAGGUGAAGGUGCAACAGGUCACCCAGCCGGCCUCCCUGCAGCUCCAGAGCCAGCAGCAGCACCCGCCCAACUACAACAGGCGCAAGAUGCCGCUGGUCAACCGAAUCAUCUGACGUGGAGCACAGUCCGACCCCACUAAAAACUAAAUGCGACACAUUACCAUUUAAUCACUUACAGAUAGGUUAUAUAUUAUUAAGGAAUCCGGCUGCGCUUGAGCGGGCUCCGCAUUUCGAAUAUCAGUUUUUAGUUUCUUAAAGUUUCCGAUGUGUUCAGCUGGAAUGUUUAUUUAGGGCUUUAGGGCCCCAUCCAUUAUUAUUUUUAAUUUUACACGUAGUUCGGUUCCGAUUCCGGUGGCGAUUCCGAUUUCUCAAUUUGAAGUCAAGGGACGUUGAAGAACUAAGCUCUUCACUCUGCGUUGAGAAGCCGGCCCCUUCGAGCUUGGUAUUGAAGGAAGGGAAGCAUGCUCUCCUACGUAUUUCUUAUGUUUCUAAAUCUCCCGGAAUAAACCAUUUCCCAUAAGCUCA